AUAUUUUACAUAUUUUUACUACUAUUUAAAAAAAAAGAUAAUUAAUUAUUGUUUUAAAAAAAUAUCUACUCCUAACACAAAUUAUUAAUUAGUGCUGAUUAUUUAUAUAUACUAUUAUUUAAGAAGUGAUUUUGCUUAUUUGUCACAUUCUCCAUACUUUUAUGUUAUUUUACUUAUUUGUCAUGUUUUUAUUAGGUUUUAGUUGAGUUAUUAAUUUAUUAUUAGUUUUUAACAAAGUCAUUAAUAUAUUAAUUUAAAUAAUAUAACUAUAUCAAACUUUAUAAUUAGAUAUAUAAUUAUUUUAAUUUUGUUUAUCUGUCAUGUAAUCCAUGAUUUUAGUUAAUUUUGCUUAUUUUUCAUGUGUUUAUUAGAUUUUAGCUCAACAUCGUUGACUUCACAUGGUUUUCACCACUCAACAUGUCGUCUGCAUCAGCAACUACGUCAGUGACUACUUCAAAGCAGACUCUUGCAUCUUAAAUCUCUUCCUUUUAGCUUUGUGUGCCGAUCAAGCACAACAUUCUUCUGGUUCAAUAACCACGUUCCUCACUUGGAAAAUUCCAUUUCCACACCAAAUAUGCUUUUCUCUCUCACGAGACGUGCACCACACCAUGUUUUUCUCUCCCAUGAGAUAUGCAUUCCUUGGAGGAACGUCACCAUUCUCCCCAUACUUGAUUGCAUACUAAGCUAAAACAUAUGCUUAGAUGUCAAGACUUACAGACACACACAUCUGCCUCUUCAUAUGUAAUCAUGAUACAACUUCUGCUGCAGCAGAAUAAAUUACAAGUCAUGCAUCACGAUCUGACGCACCUGUCAAACUACCCUUCGACCAGCUUCUGCUGAGGACUUGGCUUCCUUCUUAUGUCGUCUUCUUGACCAUGAGCUCCUCCUCAUCUAUACCGAGUGCACUCUGCACUCGUUGUUAUUGUCUUGGAGUGAUUUUACUAUCACCCUCUUGAUGAUCACCUCGCAUCACUUUUUGACGCACUUCGAUCUCUUUUACACGCCUAGUGUUAACACACACUACUGAAAGAUUCCUAAGCCACAACGCUUAAGUCUCUCUUCUGUCAAGUACUUCAACAACUACUUCAGCAUGACCAAGACAACACUCAAGAGCUUUUUUCUCUCUAUAAAAACAGCCUCUGUGUCGGUGUCUAUCCCGACGAUCCUCAGAGCUAUUUUACCAUUAACUCUAUGUUCUUCAAUUUAUUUUCUUCAAGACAUCACGAAUAUGGACAUCUUUCAUAACAAUAAUUGCAAUUUUUCUUUCAUUGGAAUUGUACUUAUUCCACUUUUUGUAAGUCAUAAAUUUUCUUCCCAAGUUUAUUCCUCUUGCCUUUUUUCUUAGAUACUCCCUUGUUCUCCAUGUCUCUAUGACUUCAGCUUAUUAUCUUGAUUCUUAUGGUCUUCACCACUCAACAUAUCGUUUCCGUCAGCAAUUACGUCAGCGACUAUUUCAAAAGAUACAUCUUGCAUCUUCAAUAAGUAGUAACGCCUCUUAGGAAAGUCUCUUUGGCGAGAAUCUCAGAACUUUUAUGUUCUUCCGGAUUAGAAGGAGUCAAAUAGGAUACAUGACAUCCUUCAUGACAUGCGGUUACUAAAAACUAGAUUUUCGCAUUAUCUGUUUUAGCUUUGUCCUCCUUUAGACAAAUAUUUGUCUCGCCACGAGUGCACUUGUUUACUUCUAGCAACUUCUGUUGACUUCUUUGACCAAAAAAAUGUUAUAAGUGAUGAAUAAAAUUAGUUAACGCAUUCAAAUAUUGGGGAAUGACUCGAUGUUAGGAACAUUGUAAAAGAGAGGAAAACCUACUUUAACAGAUAUUGAUUUCUAAAAUAUAACUCUUGAAUGUCAGUUUUCAGAAAGUUAUUUAACUUUUCAUAUAUUUUUAAUUGCUCAUUUGACUUUAGAUUAAGAAAAUCCUUAAGGUUUACUAUAAUUGUAGAAAUUUGACGAUUUAGCAUAUUCUCUCAUUGACACAGGGACAUCAUAAAUAGAAAAUUUUGCCAAAAAAAAACCCAUAAUAGUUUGUAUUUUACAUGUUUAUCUUGGAGAAAUUUAUUAUGUGAUGUGACCAUAGAAACAAUAAAUCAUAUAUACACAUUAUUUGGUGUAUAGGUUUUUUUUUACGUCAAACAACUAUUCUAUUACUGAAGCUGUAUAAGUUUAUGAAACUAUUUUGAACUAAACUAUUGUUAUCGGCCAGUGUUGAAAGAUGUUUAGUUACAAUGAAACUAACGAAAGUUACGUCAAAGGAAUAUGCACAUAUUGUUACUAGCUAUAGUAAGAAAUGUUUGUAAAAUGAAAGCGCGUGUUGCGUGUGACGAAUCAGUCAAUGGUUUAAAAAGCAUGACCCAAAGUUUCAGUAUCUAUUAUUUGCACACAGCUGAAUUAAAUAAUACAAAUUUUAAAUUAUAUUUUCGAUCAUUCUAAAUAUAGAUUGAAGAGAAAUGCGGACAGCAACAUAAAUUCAUAAUUGUCGUCAAAAGAAAUAAAACAUGAGAGAACCUUUCUUAUACUAUUCUCUAGCGAUCGUAAAUUAAUCCACAAUUUUCUCCUUUUCACUUAAAAUAGUGUUUUUCUUCAAGGUAUCUAUAUAAACUCAGUUCUCUCCAAACUAAAUCAUCCAAAAAUUCAAAAAUAAAAAAGAAAGAAAAACAUUUAUAAAACAAAAAAUAGAGAGGAAAAUGGCUAAUAAAAACGUACUAGGAUUAUGUCUAAUGUUUCUAGUAGUAUCAAGUGUGGUCUACGAGGCGCAAGGAACUUUCUUGCUAAAGAUGUACUUGAAGAGGAAUUUUUUACGAAAUGCAAGGAACUUUACACCAUUCGCAUGCAAAGGUAUGUUAUUAUUGAUUAGUAGACUUAAACGUGGGUGUCCCGCGACUGAAGGAUUCAAGACUUUCUUUUCACUGUUCACGUCUUACGUGAAAUUCAUCAAAACGGCAUCGACCACAUCGAAUACUGAUACUCAGCUAACAACAAAAGUUGACGCCCUCACCAAUGCUAUAUCUGUGUUGACUGGUGCUAAAAGCGGAUCGAAUUCAAAUUUUAGAGAGACCAUGCUGUCAAUGGGAAAGACUUUGAUUGAGCAGAAGAGGAGUACUUCACAGCGCAUGACACAUCAGCAAAAGAAAAUGUUGGUUGCGGCUAUGGUGCAAUGGACUAAAACGGUAGUUACAUUGGUGAAAACGGCCGUAGAGACAGCAGGAAAGUCUAUUGAUGUAUCGAACCUAGGGCUUGACGUUGAUGUUAACUCCAUUGUUGGAAGUGGAAGUGAUGAAAGCCCAGAAAGCGGUUCAGGAAGCAAUACUAAUUCAGGUUCAAUCAUUUACGAAGACACUACCGGUGGAGGUUCAGGCAGUCCGAGUGGAAGUCCCGGAUGCAGCCCUUCUUCGACCACGACCACACAAUCCGACGGUUCUACCAUGGGCAGCCAAAGUGGUACAGCCACAGAGAGCCCGAGUGGUACAACCACAGAGAGCCCGAGUGGUACAACCACGGACAGUCCAAGUGGAAGUCCCACGGACACCCCGAGUGGUACAACCACGGAGACCCCGAGUGGUACAGGCACGGGAAGCCCGAGUGGAAGUCCCACGGACAGCCCGAGUGGUGCAACCACGGACAGCCCGAGUGAAACAACCACAGAGAGCCCGAGUGAUACAACCAUGGGGAGCCCGAGUGGAAGUCCCACGGACAGCCCGAGUGGUGAAACCACAGACAGCCCGAGUGAAACAACCAUGGGGAGCCCGAGUGGAAGUCCCACGGACAGCCCGAGUGGUGAAACCACAGACAGCCCGAGUGAAACAACCAUGGGGAGCCCGAGUGGAAGUCCCACGGACAGCCCGAGUGGUGCAACUACAGAGAGCCAGAGUGAUACAACCACGGAGAGCCCGAGUGAUACAAACACGGGGAGCCCAAGUGGAAGUCCCACAGACGGCCCGAGUGGUGCAACCACAGAGAGCCAGAGUGAUACAACCACGGAGAGCCCAAGUGGAAGUCCCACGGACAGCCCGAGUGGUGCAACCACAGACAGCCCGAGUGGCACAACCACAGACAGCCCGAGUGGUGCAACCACAGACAGCCCGAGUGAUACAACCAAGGGGAGCCCGAGUGGAAGUCCCACGGACAGCCCGAGUGGUGAAACCACGGACAGCCCGACUGGUGCAACCACAGAAAGCCCAAGUGGUACAACCACAGAAAGCCCGAAUGGAAGUCCCACGGACAGCCCUUCUGGUACAGCCACAGACAGCCCGAGUAGCACAACCACAGGUGGCCCGAGUGGAAGUCCCACAGACAGCCCGAGCGGAAGUCCCACGGACAGCCCGAGCGGAAGUCCCACGGACAGCCCGAGCGGAAGUCCCACUGCUAGCGAAGAUGCUACUUCUAAUACCAACAGCCAAAGCUCACAAAGUUCAACAAGUAGCUCAUCAACAACAUCAGCGAAAGAAGUCGAGAUUCAAACAUCCAAAGAAGCAAGGUCAUUCAUUCAUGGCCUAGAGAAGAAGUACGCAGGAACCGUACAACUCGACACUUUCUUCGAGAAACUCAAGACUUCCAUGUCUGCUUCCACAAAGAUCUCUAACACAGAUGAAAAACGCUUCGUUUCUAAAAUGAGUUCUGCAGUUAGUUCAGUGUCCGAGGCCGCAACUACUGUUACUUCAAAGUUAGCCAAAUCACCAGAGGCUAAGAACCGCAUGGAAUCUUCCCAAGAAAAAUUGAUGAAUACUUACAAAGAACUAGAAGAGGUAAACAGUAAAAUCGUGAGCGAGAAUAAAGGCAAGACAGUGUCGUCCGCACAAAAGUCAGAGCUUAAGCAGAUACUCAGUAAAUGGGAACAAGUCACCACCCAGUUUGUGGAGAAUCUUGUUUCUUCGAGUUCUUCAUCUUCAUCUUCCUCUCAGUCUCAGCAAUCUCAACAGUCUCAAAAAUCUCAUCAGUCUGAACAGUCUCAGCAAGGCAGUACCAUGAAGACUGAGACCAAUUGAUGCGACUCAAAUCAUCAAGAAAGACAAACUAGUACCGCCAUAUUUGAUAAUCAGUAACCAACUAGAGGUUUUUGUUUCUUUCAAUAAGACUAAGAUCGGUGUAGGCUGCAAUGUCAACCGACGUAUGCAAAUAAUGUACACUGUAUGCGCUCUCUCUCUCUCUCUCUCUCUAUGCUUUACAAAGAGAGUAAGCGAGACCCAUUAAAAGGGAUUUUGAAUAGUGUUUUGUGUUCUUACCUAUAUAUUUCUUUUUUUUUAACUUGUAUUCUUAUGAUCAUGGUAGUUUGUAGGAAGACCAGUGGUUACAAAUUUAAUUGUGGAAAGGAAUUAAUAAGAGAAUAUUGUUAUCUUA